AUGGCGUCGCUGCGGGAAGUUUAUUGGAUCGGGUACUCUAUGGCUGCGGAUCAGUUCAUCUGGUUGCAGAUCAAAUCGUCUGGCAGCCAGGAGACCUUUGACAACAUCUACCUCGACCUCUCAAAGCAGACUGGCAAAUGUCGUUUCGCCGAGUCUGGUCUGGGUUGGAAGCCAUCAGGUCCUGGCGACACUUUCACUCUCGACAAGGCCGAGAUCAUCUCAUCACAAUGGAGCAGAGCCGCGAGGGGUUUCGAAGUCAAGAUCUACUCAAGAAACUCGGGCGUUAUCCAGCUGGACGGCUUCAUGCUCGAUGACUACGACCGUCUCUCCAGAUGCUUCAAGCUGUGGUACAGCAUCAACCUCGAACAGAAAGAGCAUGCCCUGCGUGGCUGGAACUGGGGAAAGGCCGACUUUGGCAAGGCUGAACUCGCCUUCAACGUGCGCAACCAACCCGCUUUCGAGAUCCCCUACACCGAGAUCUCAAACACCAACCUUGCCGGCAAGAACGAGGUCGCUGUCGAAUUCUCCCUUCCUGGCGACGGCGAUGAGACGGGUACCAAUGGCGCUCUCGGGGGUGCAAGAGGCAGAGGCAAAAAGGCAGGCGGCUCGGUUGACCAGAUGGUCGAGAUGCGCUUCUACAUCCCUGGAACAGCUACCCGCAAGGAGAAGAAAGAAGAGGGCGAUGAAGAUGGCAGUGAAGCUGAUGGCGAGGACGACCAGCAGAAUGCCGCCAACCUCUUCUAUGAAAUGCUCAUGGACAAGGCAGAAAUCGGCGAAGUCGCAGGCGCUACCUUCGCUACCUUCCUCGAUAUUCUGCACCUCACCCCCCGUGGACGUUUCGACAUCGAUCUCUACGAGUCCUCUCUCCGCCUCCGCGGUAAAACUUACGACUACAAAAUCCAGUACGACUCGAUCAAGAAGUUCUUCCUUCUACCCAAGCCCGACGACGUACACCAACUCAUCUGUAUCGGCCUCGACCCCCCGCUACGCCAAGGUCAGACUCGCUACCCGUUCUUGGUCAUGCAGUUCAAGCGUGAAGAAGACAUUGUCCUCGACCUGAACAUGACCGAGGAAGAUCUCGAGAACAAGUACAAGGGCAAACUCCAGCCCAGAUACGAGGCUCCUAUUGCCACUGUCAUUUCAAAGAUCUUCUUGGGCCUGACCGGCAAGAAGAUUCUGCAACCCAGUCGCGACUACAACUCACACCACCAGCAGUCGGGUGUCAAGUGCUCGGUCAAGGCUAACGAGGGCCACCUCUUCUGUCUGGAACGCGCUUUCCUUUUCGUGCCCAAGCCUGCUACUUACAUCGCUUUUGACAACGUUUCCGCCAUUACCAUGUCUAGAGUGGGCGGCGCUGUGAGCGCUUCCCGUACCUUUGACAUUGCUGUCUCGCUCAAGGGUGGUGGUGAGCACCAGUUCUCGAACAUCAACCGCGAAGAGCAAAAGUCGUUGGAGAACUUCUUCCAGCUGAAGGGCAUCAAGACCAAGAACGAGAUGGAGGAAGAAGGUGCUCUGAUGGCUGCUGUGCUGCAGGAUGGAGACCUCGACUCUUCGGACGACGAGGUUGUCGCGGUUCGUGGUUCAGCCGACGAGGACGAUGAGUCUGUUGAUGAAGACUUCCAUACCGAGUCCGAGUCAGAUGUCGCUGAGGAGUAUGACAGUGCCCACGAUAGCAGUGGUGACAGUGACGAAGAGAUGGCUGAUGCUGGAGGAAGCGACGCCGAGAACAAAGUGGAGCCUCCCAAGAAGAAGGCAAAGACGGCAAAGUAG